AUGGCUGAAUCCAAGUCGAAAGGCGGUGUCGAUGCGACGGCACCGAUGAUGCUCCACGGCCGCGUAGCCAUUGUCACCGGUGGUGCCGGCGGCAUCGGCUCGGCCGUGUCGAGGCACCUGGCGUCGCUCGGUGCGCGCGUCGUGGUGGCGUACAUCGGCGACCCGGUGCCUGCUCUGACGCUGGUGAGCGGCAUCAACGACUCCAGCCACCCCGGCGAGAGCCAGCAGCCGCGGGCCAUCGCGGUCGAGGCGGACGUGUCGUACGCGGCACAGGUCAAGGCGCUGUUCGACGCGGCGGCCGCAGCCUUCGGCGGGGAGCUCCACAUCCUGGUAACGCUGGCGGCGGUGCUGGACUACUCCUACCCGCCGCUGGCGGAGACCAGCGAGGCGACGUUCGACGCCGCGUUCGGCACCAACACGCGCGGCACCUUCCUGUGCUGCCGCGAGGCGGCCAGGCGGUUGGUCCGUGACGGCCGCGGCCGGAUCGUGACGUUCUCUUCGUCGGGAGUUGGGUCGCUGCGCCCUGGCUACUCGGCAUACGCGGCGAGCAAGGCGGCGGUGGAGGUGAUGACCAAGAUCCUGGCGCGCGAGCUGCGCGGCACGGGGAUCACGGCCAACGUGGUGGCGCCAGGGUCGACGGGGACACCCAUGAUGUACACGGGUAAGACGGAGGAUGACAUGGAGCGGUACAUCGCCGAGGCGCCGCUGGGCCGACUCGGCAUGCCCGAGGACAUCGCGCCGCUCGUCAGCUUCCUCGCUAGUGAUGCUGGCCACUGGGUCAACGCCCAGGUCCUGCGCUGCAACGGUGGCACCAUCUAG